AUGUCCGCUGCGUUUACCUUCGGCUCCCUUGGGGACAUUUUCUCACUAAUUCAGCUCACAUACAACGUCGUUCAAAUCAUUCGUGACGCAGCAGGCGCGCCUCAAGAGUACCAGGAGCUGGUGGCCUCACUCAACACGACCUUAGAAGUGCUCAACCUCAUUCGGGGAGUUGCCUUCGCGGCCAGCGUCGAUAUCCUCACCUUACCUGUUCAGAGGGCACUUUAUCAGGCUACCAAAAACUACGAUGCCAUCAUUCGUGACCUCAAUGACAGGCUUUCCAAGUUUCAACCUAGUCUUCGCGCAGGAGGGUCGAAAAGCAAAGUGACGGACUUUUGGAGGAAAGUCCAGUGGAGGUCCUUUCAGAGGAAAGAUCUCGUGGAGAUACGCAGGAAGAUGGAUGAGCAGAGCAUAGCCUCAAAUGGGAUAUUGUCACUCCUCUCCAUUGGUCAAGCGCAAGCCUUCAUCCAAACGACAAAUACGUCUCUUCUGGAGAUUCGCCGAUGUGUAGAAGGAGUUCCCAGAGUACUUGGAUAUGCUUGGGAAGGGGGAUUGAACGAUAACGAAAGACCUAUAGUGCUGAACGACAUGCUGGGACAAACCAUCCGCCUUCCGCAUCAGUUGUGCCGUACAUGGCCGGAAUUCGAUGAAUUCAUUCGCUUUUAUUUCCGCAGGCGUGGCGGUCGCGAGUUUGUAGAGCGCGGUGAUUACGACAUCUCGUCCUCGUCGAGCAACCUCACCAUCGAACCCACGAGAUGGAAAGUGUCUGCUGGUGACUCUAUCAACAUGAACGCACUACUGCACAGACUUCAAGGGACUAUGAUAAUAGACAGGUGCCCCUCGUGCCAUCGCGACGACUACAGAGAUGCUUCCACAGGCUUGAACUGCAUAAUCUUGGAGCUCGUAUUGCGGAAUGUGGUACAUGACAAGUAG